AGGUGUGUGUGUACUACUGAGCUCCCGACAGUCAGACACACACGCGCACACACACACACAUACAUACAUACACACACGUUCACUCUCGCUCAUUCACACACAUACAGCAUCGCCAGUCCUAUCGUGUGUUUGGCGGAGUGUGAAUGAGAAAUAGUGUGUGUGUGUUAAAUCUGGACGUGUGAGUGAUUACAGGGUACUUGAUUGGUACUAGGUACUGGUACUGGUACUCUGAGUGUCAAGAAUCUUCCAGUUUUGUUACUUGGGCUGGUACCAGUUUUUUUUUAAUGUGAAAUUUUGGUACCAGGAUUGAGAUACCAGUAUAUGUGUGGAUCUUUGGUACUUGGACAGUGAUACCAAAACUUGAGAAGUAUUGGUUUAGGUACAAGUACUAGUGGAAAUCUUGGUACCUCGACAGUGAGGCUAACAGGAAUACCAUAAUACCAGGUACUAAGGAAGUGGUACCGAUACAAUAGGUACUUUGUAUAAAAACAGUGUUACCAAAACUAGAAAAAAUUUAACCAAAACAGUGGUACCAAAUCGACCAUUCCCUGCCUUAAAAGCACCUGAUUCUUACGACCACCACUUUUUCGGCCACUCAACCAGACAACCAUCAGCAAACGUCUCACUUAACCACCAUCUGGGCCACCGUCAACCACAAAGUUACCUUCUGUCGUGUUCCAUCCAGUGUUGAAGAGAUCUGGUGCUGGGUGAGCUGAGAGAGAUCCUUGGGGGUCCUGAGAGAGCUGUGAGAGUUUAGUGUAAAAGAGAGGAGAGACGGGAACACGAAGAUGAGGUUGUGGUUGGUGGUAGUUGGUGUGGUGGUGGUGGUAGGUGUGGUGCUGGUGGAAGAGGUGGAAGGAGGUCGACGAUCUCCACGACACCGAAGACGACAUCUUAAGAAAAAGACGAUAACGGAAGCGAAGGGAACUGAGGUGCGGCCAUGGAAGGGGUGGCGCCGCUGGUGGGAACAACAUCCCGGGGAGACCAGCCAGAGACCACGCCCACAUGGAUCCCACCGCCGCCCAUCCCACUCCCGUAACCCUGGCAGAGGUGGACGCUCUAAGUUGGUUGGUUCAGUAGAGGCAAGCAACACCAUCCACCAUGACCUGGCGGAUCUCAGCGGCGGCCUCUACAACGACUGGACUAACUGGUCACGCUGCUCCAUGCGAUGUAAACAAAGACGAAGAAGGUCCUGUCGAGCUCAAGCUGUGUGUGGCACUGCUGUUCUCAAGGAAGAACGAAGCUGUACAGGAGGACGGUGUUCUGGGCGGCGUCCCUUCCACAUCAUCCGGCCGGAGGAAUUCUCACGCCAGCCUCCCAGAAACGACAUGAGGGUCUUACUCAACUUCAACUCCAUGUUCUACACAAGAUGGUCCCGUUGGUCCUCCUGCAGUAGGUCUUGUCUCACCCGCCGCUACAGGUCCUGCAAGUACCCGCUGUUCUGUGGAGGCAGUGUGGUUCACGAGGAGGCCUACUGUUACAUCGAAGGGUCCCUCUGUGAGAAGUGGUACCGUCGCAACAGACAAAAUUCACGUAAGCACAAACCAGGAGACAGACAUGACGCUGAGGACAACGAGACCACACCUUCUGUUUCAACAUCAAGUUCCCCUUCAUUUGGAUCAUCACCAUCAUCACAUCAUCACUCCACAACAGCUACAUCAUCAUCAACAUCAAUAUCAUCGGAACGGACACUGCCUCGGGAGUGUGGGGUAAGCAACGUAACGACGCCAGGGUGGAGUUUGCGAAUCAUAGGAGGGCGAACUGCGCAGCCUGGGGAGUGGCCUUGGCAAGUCGUCAUAUUAAAUCGCUAUCACGAAGCGUUCUGUGGAGGAACAUUGGUCGCCUCCAAGUGGGUUUUGACGGCUGCCCAUUGCGUCAGGCGAAAACUCUACGUCCGUCUUGGCGAACACGAUCUAGCCAUCAGAGAGGGACCUGAGAUUGAAUACAAGGUGGCCAGAACAGUCACACACCCCCAGUACGACUCCACGACGGUAGAUAACGACGUAGCCCUUCUGCAACUCCCUGAAGCUGUGGAAUCCGGACCCCGUGUGGCGCCAGCGUGUUUACCUCAGCAGGGCGCCUCGCUACCCGUCGGGGAUACCUGUACCAUCAUAGGCUGGGGCAAGGAGAAGAACACCCACAUCUUCGGCACUGAUGUUCUACACGAGGCGGAGGUGCCCAUCAUCGCCAGCAAGGUGUGUGAGUCCGUGUACCAAGACUACUACAUCACCUCCAAUAUGUUCUGUGCGGGCUAUCGUAAAGGUCGCGUAGACUCGUGUGCUGGAGACUCCGGUGGGCCCUUGUUGUGUCACCGCUAUGGCCGAUGGUACAUCCACGGCAUCACGUCCUUCGGUGAGGGAUGUGGGAAGAGAGGCAAAUUCGGUAUCUAUGCUCGUGUCUCCAACUACCGCAACUGGAUACAGAGUGUUAUUGCUUCGCCCUACCCCUGAUUGGUGUCCUCUACCCCUGUAUAAUAUUCGUUUCCCCCUGAAUGAAGUGUCUUAUCCCUGAAUAAUGUCCACUUCCCCCUGAAUGAAGUGUCCUACCCGUGUAUAAUUUCCUCUUCCCCCUGAAUGCCAUCCCCUUCCCCUGAUUGAUGACCAUUAUCCCCUUGACUGAUGUUCCCUCUUAUAUACAAAGCCUUCUAUCCCCUUAACGACACCUCAUGCUCAAAAUAACGUUCCCUUCCCCUUAAACAACACCCUUUACCCCUAAACAACACCCCUUCACCCUUAAACAACAAAUCCCUACCAUAGUAAGCUUCUCCCAAUCUUUCAACGCUACCUCCUACACUUCAACGUCGCCCCUUACCCUUCAACGCUAGCAUCUACCUCCGAUUGCUGUCUGAGGCCACUGAAUGUAAGGCUGAUUAGUCGUGUGUACUUCAGGGAGACACCAGGGAGGCACUCACACCAGGAUGGGAGGGGAAGUAUCCAUAGAUCAACGGUUCGGUACUUUAGUCAAGGGCCAGACCAAACUACAGAGGGUUUGGAACUUUAUUCAAGGUCAGGAUCAAGUCAUACGGUGCAAGACUUUUAGUUAGUGACACGCGGUAGAGCUUCAAGAAUUACCACGAGGCUGGAACUCUCAAUUCAUGGCCAGGAUAAGUGUGUGUGGAUCUUGAGCUUCAGUUAAGACGGGAUGGAACUUAUCACGACCAAGGAAGAGGUAGUUGGUGUAGGUGAGGGUGAGAGAGAGGAGGUAGGUGGUGUACAGCAGUCGUGAUAUCCUAAAUUUCCUGGUUGACUGACACAGAGGAGAUUGAGGUGUCCCAACAUACACAGAUGUCCCCAAAUCUCAGAAAACAGCGGUAGUGGAGACAGCUGUAGCGGCUGUCUUAUGGGUGUAAAUACGAACACGAAGAGACACACAGACACACAUACAAACAAUAUUAUAAACUUCAUGAUAACUUCAGUGCUUGUGACAGUGACAGGUUAUCUUUGGCCACCUGAUAAAACUGAACCUUAACCUUUUGUCAUUCAUCAAGUGGUGGAACACAAAUGAUUUAUACUGUGUUAAGGUGUUGCUGACAGUGAGGACAAGUUACAAGUCCCAUGUUAGUGGAGACAGUCUACAAACCAAUACAUCUACUACACAUCUACUACACAUCUGCCACACAUCUGCUACACAUCUGCCACACAUCUGCCACACAUCUGCUACACAUCUGCCACUCUCUGAAGUUUAUCAUGACAAUGUGACCUGAUUAGAUUUUAUAGGAUAAUAGUGAUAUAUUAUAUACUAGAAGGAUAAUACUCUUGGUACGUGUUGCUGUUAUAUAUAUAUAUUAUAUAAAUAAACAUACUAAUGUGAUUAUUUUAGCUUGAUAACUUAGUGCCAUAUAUAAAAUGAGAUAAUGUAUUUAUUGUUAUCUGCGUCAUUUGUACUUUUUUUAAUAAAAUUUUGAUCAAUUA